CUUUAUUGCUCUUUUUCUUUAGGAGAGAGCGAGAGAGUUAAUGCUGCUCGCUUUCCCUCCUCCUCCUCCUCCUCCUCCUUGCAUUCUCUCUCUCUCUCUCUCUCUCUGCUGUGUGUGUUUUUUCCCUCCUUGCUGGACAGAGCAGCAGCAGCAGCAGCAGCAUCAGCGGAGGCAGCCGAGGCAGCGGCAGUGCACCAGCAGUGAUAGUGGGAGCUCUGGUCCUCUCUCUCCCAGAAGAUGCUCAACAACCUAACCGACUGCGAGGAGGGGGAUGGGGGCACCAACAGCCAGGGAGAUGGAAACCCCAAAGAGAGCAGCCCUUUUAUCAAUAGCAGCAGCAGCAUUGACAUUGAGAAGAGCCAGCAGUAUGACGGCAAGCACAUGGCCUUGUUUGAGGAGGAGAUGGACACGAGUCCCAUGGUGUCCUCUUUGCUCAGCAGCCUUGCCAACUACUCCAACCUGACUCAGGGCAGCAAGGAGCACGAGGAGGCAGAGAAUAAUGAAGAGUCUCGCAAGAAAACAGUGCAGGCUCCUCGUAUGGGCACGGUGAUGGGCGUCUAUCUGCCGUGCAUGCAGAACAUCCUGGGGGUCAUCCUCUUCCUCAGGAUGACGUGGCUGGUGGGCGUCGGGGGCGUCCUGAGCACCUUCCUCAUCGUCUUCAUGUGCUGCUCUACGACUAUGCUGACUGCCAUUUCAAUGAGUGCAAUUGCUACAAAUGGAGUAGUGCCAGCUGGUGGUUCGUAUUAUAUGAUCUCCCGCUCGCUGGGGCCAGAGUUUGGUGGAGCAGUGGGCAUCUGUUUCUACCUAGGAACCACUUUCGCUGGAGCCAUGUAUAUACUCGGUUGCAUCGAGAUUCUCCUGAUCUACAUAGCUCCACACGCAGCCAUAUUUCAGAUCGAAGGUCUGGACGGCCCUGAAGCCGAAGCUGCGAUGCUGAACAACAUGCGUGUGUACGGCAGCAUCGUUCUCUCCUUCAUGUCUCUGGUGGUGUUUGUCGGUGUGAAGUAUGUGAACAAGCUGGCGCUGGUUUUCCUCGCCUGCGUCAUCCUCUCCAUUCUGGCUGUUUACGCUGGAGUGAUCAAGAGCUCCUUCGACCCUCCAGACUUCCCGAUAUGCAUGCUCGGUGAUCGGACUUUGGUGUCUAAAGGCAUUGACAUCUGUGCAAAAACCAUCGAGACGGGCAACGGUACAGUUACCACCAAACUCUGGAAACUGUUCUGUGACUCUGAGUUCCUCAACGCUACCUGCGAUGAAUAUUUCACCAACAACAACGUUUCUAAGGUGCAGGGCAUUCCUGGCAUCACCAGCGGCAUCCUGGCAGAGAAUCUCUUUAGCAGCUUUAUGAAGAAAAAUGACAUCUUAGUGAAGAGAGGGAUUCCUGCCGUGGUUGACCCCGACGCUCCAAUAACCAACAGUAACCGCUACGUACUAGCGGACAUCACCAGUUUCUUCACCCUGCUGGUGGGCAUCUAUUUCCCCUCGGUCACAGGUAUCAUGGCUGGAUCCAACCGCUCUGGUGACCUGCAGGAUGCUCAGAAGUCUAUCCCUAUCGGCACCAUCCUGGCCAUCUCCACCACUUCCACCAUAUACAUGUCCUGUGUGGUUCUGUUCGGGGCGUGUGUAGAAGGAGCGGUGCUGAGAGACAAAUUUGGUGAGGGUGUCAGUGGGAAUCUGGUCAUUGGGACACUUGCAUGGCCUUCUCCUUGGGUCAUCGUGUUUGGGUCGUUCUUCUCCACCUGUGGGGCGGGGCUUCAGAGUUUGACAGGAGCACCUCGUCUCUUACAGGCCAUCGCCCGAGACGAGAUUAUCCCCUUCCUCAGGGUGUUCGGUCAUGGGAAGGCUAACGGUGAGCCCACAUGGGCUCUACUUCUGACAACCACCAUAUGUGAGAUUGGUAUCCUUAUUGCCUCACUGGAUGCUGUCGCACCCAUCCUCUCCAUGUUUUUCUUGAUGUGCUACAUGUUUGUGAACCUGGCCUGUGCUCUGCAGACGCUCCUCAGGACGCCUAACUGGAGACCACGCUUCAAAUUCUACCACUGGGCUCUGUCUUUUCUGGGUAUGAGCUUGUGUCUCUCCCUGAUGUUCAUCUGCUCCUGGUACUAUGCCAUCGUGGCCAUGGGCAUUGCUGGCUGCAUCUACAAAUACAUCGAGUUCUGUGGGGCGGAGAAAGAGUGGGGUGAUGGGAUACGUGGCAUCUCUCUCAGCGCUGCCCGUUAUGCUCUGAUGAGGCUGGAGGAAGGACCACCGCACACCAAAAACUGGAGGCCUCAGAUCAUGGUGCUGGUUGGUUUGGAUGGCGAGCAGAACGUGGAGCAGCCACGCCUUCUCUCACUGACCAAUCAGCUGAAGGCAGGCAAAGGGUUAACCAUUGUGGGUGCUUGUAUUGAGGGCACUUACCUUAACAACUAUGAACAAGCACAAAAAGCAGAACAGUCCCUGAGGAAGGUGAUGGAGACAGAGAAGGUGAAGGGCUUCAGUCAGGUGGUGAUCUCCAACUUGCGUGAUGCCACCUCUCAUCUGAUCCAAGCUGGAGGACUUGGAGGUUUGCGCCACAACACUGUGGUCAUCAACUUUCCCAAGAACUGGAAGCAGCAUGAGGACCACCGACAGCUAAGGAAUUUCAUUGAGGUUGUGAGGGAGACCACGGCUGCUCACUUGGCUCUUCUGGUGCCUAAAAACAUUGCUGCUUAUCCGUCUAACGGUGAGCGCUUCAGUGAGGGCCAUAUCGACGUCUGGUGGAUUGUCCAUGAUGGAGGAAUGCUUAUGCUCCUGCCUUUCUUGCUGCGACAGCACAAGGUUUGGAGGAAGUGCAAAAUGCGCAUCUUCACCGUGGCUCAGAUGGAUGACAACAGCAUUCAGAUGAAGAAAGACCUGAUGACCUUCCUCUAUCACCUGCGACUCGAUGCUGAGGUGGAAGUGGUGGAGCUGCAUGACAGUGAUAUCUCAGCUUACACUUAUGAGAAGACUCUAGUGAUGGAACAGAGGUCACAGAUCCUAAAAGAGAUGCACCUUACCAAGAACGAGUGGGAGAGAGAGAUUCAAAGCAUCACAGACGUCUCCCGUGGCUCCAUCCGCCGGAAGAACCCAUCGAACCUGCAUACACCGAAGAACAUCAGUGAGGAGCCUGCAGGGGGCAGCACUGAGGAGAAACCAGAGGAAGAGGUACAGCUCAUCCAAGGUAAGAACGCCACGCCCACCCCGACAAGCCCAGUUUCUCCGACUCCUACGGACAAAGGGGCCAUGAGCCCCAGUGAGGAGGUGCAAAUGACCUGGAGUGAUGACUUAGACAAGUCCAAGAAUCCAUCCGUGGCUAAUCCGGAGACCACUAAAGACAUGUUUAACAUAAAACCGGAAUGGGAAAACCUGAACCGGUUCAACGUGAGGCGCAUGCACCACGCGCAGAAGCUUAAUGAAGUGAUCAUGAAAAAGUCGCAAGACGCAAAGCUAGUCCUGCUAAACAUGCCCGGGCCUCCCAAAAACCGCACAGGAGAAGAGAACUACAUGGAGUUCCUGGAGGUCCUGACUGAGGGUCUCAACCGAGUCCUCCUCGUGCGUGGUGGCGGACGUGAGGUCAUCACCAUCUACUCUUAAUGGACAGGCCCAUCCUCUCUCUGAAGUCUUUCUCAUGCCAUGUUGCUCGAUCCAUAGACUGAACAUCUUAGCGUUCCCAGACUGUGCCAUGAGCAAUAGAGCCCCAGCACAUAUCAGACUACUUUGCACUACAUCAGACAGACCUCUUUAUUACACCAGCUUAACCAUCACUCUAGCUCAGCAUUCUUCUCUCUAUCCAUAUCUUUAUUUUCUCUUCAGUUAAGAAACUGCAAACUGUUUUUGCUGGUUUUUGAAAGGACAUGCAUUGCACAGAUAGCUAGCUGACUCUCAGAAGACCGAUAUCCCAAAGUUAGACUCAGCCAAACACCCUGAUACUGAUACUGUAAAACUGAGAAAAAGCAGGUUUAACUAUCAGUUUAUGAAAAUGUCUUCCAGCGUAUCGUCUUACGGCCCGAGAAGCACUUUGAAUCCAAACCACAGAAUGUGUGUGUGUGUGUGAGUGUGCUUGGCUUGACUGCUUCGGAGAGCCGAACCUUGUAGCUGUCCAUGCGUUCAUGCCAUGGACGUGUCUGAUUAUUGAAAAGUGAUGCUGCUGAGAUGCGUAAGUGUGUGCAAUGAGUGGAUGCUGUUCAUAUAUUGAGAAACAAACAAAAAAAAAAAAAAACAGGGAAACAGGGACGUGAGCUUCUUGGAAACUUGACCAGACCAUGAAGGCAGUUUUAUAUUUUUUACACACAAAUCUCAACUUCAGUUCAUAGUAAACUAUUUACACUGACGACAGAUAUAACGAGAUCCUAUUGUGAACGAUUCUGAUACGCAUCAGCAUAUCACACCUAGAGAGAUGUACAUACUGUAGUAUAGAUAUAUUAUAAAUAUUAUUGCUUAAAAAAAAAAAGAAGUAUCAUGUGAAAGCUUUAUCGAUUUAAAAAAAAUUAUAUACAGCAUACAGCGUUAAAAAAACAACAAGAAAAGAGCAGAAAAUAUUCUAAAGGAAUUUAAAAUGUUAAAGUAUAUGUAUAUUGUGAAUAUUUAUCUACACGAAAAGAUUAUUAACAUUAUCAGCGAUUUUGAAUGAAUGAAUACCAUGAUGAUCACCAGCUUCUGCCAAACACUGAAAUGUGCAAUGUGUGCCAUAUGGACAAAAAAAAAAAAAAAACAUUUAAAUAGGAUUUUUCUCUUUAAACGUAAACAGGUGAAGAAGGAACACUGGUUAUAUUCCUAUAAUAAGCUAAUGAGGCACUUUCCCAGGCCUUCAUUCAUUUUGUAUGGUUUAAAUAAUGUACCAAAACAACAAAAAGCGAAAUCGAACUAAACCUAAACGCACUCUCUAUUUUUAAAAGUGUUAUGUCAAAUAUUCUAGAUGGAACAGCAAGAUAUUCAAAAGCAUUAUUCUCUGUUUACUUAAAGUAGAAGUAGAUAUAUAUCCAAAUAUGCUCUUAUUUUUUGGGAAAAUUGCAAAGGAGAAAAUGUUUACUGAGUAGACUAGUGAAAAAAACAUAAUUCUGCUGUUUCGUGUCAUUGUGACAGGUGAAGGAGAAACUCGAAUCCAUUUGCGCUAAGGAUUCUGCUUUUCUCACACAUGUAUAAGAAUCACACCAACCACAGGCUGCGUAAAUGAGGCAAGGAAGCCGUUUGACAUUAAGAGCACUGUCCUGACUGUGCUUUUUUCACGUGAGCUCAAUUUCGUAUAGCGCACGCAUUGGAGGAAGGGUAACAUUCGAGUAGAUCUCAAUUAUCAGCCCUUACCGAAAAAUCAUAAAGGUUUCACGGGUGCUCUACAUAUUUUUUAAAAAAUAAUUACAUUAAAUAUUAUAGAUAUUAUGUUAUUUAAUAUUUAAAAAAUCACAUGGAAACAAAUGAACCUGCGAAAAUAAGAGAAUAAAACAGACAGAGAAUAAAAAGCAGUCAAUUCCUCUGAAAAAUAAAUCAUAGUAAAAAAAUAUAUUUAGAACAAAUCGUACGUGAAAAUACACGAAUCAUGAAAAACUUCAUCGUGAACAAUCACUUGGGAAAAAAAAUUUAAUCCUGAAAAAACAUGUGAAAAUACCUGUGAAAAAUCACAUUCGAAAAAAAAUUAUCACAGAAAAAAAUGCAUGUGCAAUUAUGUGAAAUUAAAUGAAAGUGUGAAAAAAUCGAAACUGGACCUGGAACCACGUGAAAAUGAUUUAUUUGUGAACGACAUUGUGUGAAAAUAAAUGAACGAAAUUACACUUGAAAAUAACUCCCGUAAAAACAUCACAUUAAUCAUGAAAAAAAAAAAAAGUAAUUGUGAAGAAUUAUAUGAGAAAGUAUUUUCAAUCAUCCAGAAAAUCUCACGUGAAAAUAACCUAGCUGCCAAAAAUCACGUGGGGAAAAAAAUGUAAUCAUAAAAAAAUCACAUGUGAAAAUAAUUGAAUCAGGAAAAAAUGCAAAAAUGCAAAAAUAACAAGGUGAAAUUAAUUGUGUGUGAAAAGGGAAAUCGUGUGAAAUGAAGUGAAUUGUGAAAAAAAUAUGAAGUGAAGAUAAAUCAACCAUGAACAAAAAUUAAAUGUGAAAAAAAUGAAUAAUAAUUAUUAAAAAAUUAUUUAUACAAAAUAUUUAGCAUGAAAAGCCUAAAUGUAUAUAAGGCUCAACAUGUGAGAAAAAAAAAAACAACAACAAAUUAAAAUAAAUGAAUCUUUGUCGGGGAAAAAUUGCAUGUGAAAAUAGAAACUAUAAAAUGUGUGAAACCUAAACUUGUGAAGUGCCGAAAAGCUCAUCUGUGAAAUUCUUGUGACUUUUCCGUAAGGGUGGGAAAUCUCUCUCUGGUGGUUAUACAGGGUUUCUGGCACUUUGGGCCCAUUAACGUAGAGCUGAUGUCUUUGUGAAAACAACACUACAUGUCCAUGUUAAUAGCAGACUACCUAUCAUACCAUACAGCGUACUGGUAUAGCGAAAGGAGAAACUCGGAAACCAUUUUUAUCCCCUUCGCCAAAGAUUUCUUUAAUAUGUUCGCUUGAUUUAUUCAUUUAUUUAUUCCUUUUUUUCUAUUUAUUUUAAAUAGCUGUAAACAAUCUAAGCUACUUUAAAGCUAGAAAAAGAUUUACAUAGCUAGACUGAGUACGAUUGUGUAGUAGCUUUCCAUUUCUUACUUAAAACUUUCACAUUUUCUAAAUUCAACUAGAAUUUGUGAAUUGUGCAUCAUGAUUCCUUUUUUGUUUGUUUGGUUUUUUUUUUUUUUGUUCAAAGUUUCUCACAUAGUAAUACUAUGAAACUAAAUAAAUAAAAAAAAAAAGUAAAACCACACUUUAUUUCAGGUCUAAAAAGCUGAAUCACUACGUCUAAACUAAAAAUAAAAGGUUUGGUAACACUUUCUAUGAAGCCGGGAUUCAUAGAUCGUUAACGGCUUCUUUGUCAUUUGAUAACGAUUGCCCUAAUACUUUAAUAAUGCUUCAUAACGCCCUAAUAAUGUGCGAUAAAUAAUUCCUUGACAGUCAUGUUGUAAUGCAAGUGACACGAUUUAAUAUAAUGCCAUUCAUUAUGUGCUGUAGUGCACAACCUUUAUAACUAACAAACAAUAACAAAUAAAGCAACUACAAAUAUUUAUUAAUACGUAUUUAUUUUAUAGCGUGGUCAACUUUUAAAAAACGACUAAUUCUAGCUAAUUUGUAAGACUUACUUUUCUAACGUCAUUUGGAAAGUGUUACCAAAGUGGAACAUUUGGAAAUAAUUUCAUUUCGCAGUGAUGCUAAGGGCUCUCCGAUAUCAUUUCAUGCUUAUAAAUUGCAUCUGUUAUUUACUACUUACUUACAGGGCUGGACUGAGUUUCAAGAGUAGUUCUGGACUUAACACUAACGCUAGGGCUAAUCUGUGUCCAAUUUUUAGCCCGUUGUCGGCUUUUCUUUAAUGAAACGCUUCCUUCUGUAACGGCAAAGUAGAACAAAUGUUAGCACUGUGACGUGAUGGUCAAAUUUUAUUUCGCAUCUCGGUUUCAUUGCUUUUUAUAUUACUGCUCCCCCCUCAGCUAUUUUUCCCCCUCACGCUUGUCUUGUGCUGUGAAGUUGCCUUUAGGGAACAGAGCGUUCUAUAUUUAUCCAGAAACCUACAGCACGAAUCUCAGCUCAUGCUAAUUAUGCAACGUUGACUUGUAGCCUUCUUGCAGUGAGAGUGGAAAGUUUGUUUGUUUUUUCCAGCAAGGUCAAUAACGAGAGCAGAGAAUUAGAGUUAUUUUAAUUAAACUGCAGGUUUUUUCAGAAGGUGCUAUAAACUUAUGCAUGAUUGUUGUGGAAAUUGUGAGAAUAUCAUUUUAAAAAAAAAGAAAAAGAAAAGAAAAGAAAACAAGCAAAUUUUUAGGGAGUAGGUUUGAGAUUAGAGAGUCUUUGGCAGAGGAAGAUGUAGCCUAACAAAUGUACGGUGUAGAAAAGCAGUGUGUGACUCAGGAGUCACAAAUACUUACAGUACAAAUGCAAUAAUGAGUAUUAUAAAGACCCAUGGCUUCCUCUUAGAGGAUCGAUUUUUCAGCAAGAUCUGAUUUGGAUCAUCAGUUUCUGGAGUCACUGUAUCUUUAUUUGCUUGGGGUUAGAACCUCAACACUGAACUCUGCAAAUUCUCUCCAUCAGUUUAAUCGGUUAGUAAUGUUGUGUUGAGCCUAAAAAUGUGUUUAUCGAAAAAUCUUCUUUAAAUUAGGAUAAAUAUUUAAUAUCUAAAAAGUUUUUUUUUGUUUUUGAGUGGUCACAAACCACUAUUCUUAAAUGAUAAUUAUUUCAUAAAAAAAAACAAAAAGAACAUUAAAUAUAUCUGUUUGAGCCUUGGGUUGGUGUUUACAGCAGGAUUCUACCAGGCCCUGUUCAUCUGCAGCUUAUUAAAUGUAAUCUAGCGUUUGGUUUCAUAAACACACGUACUAUGAAUUCUAAAAAAUGUAAAAAAAAAAUAAAAUAAAAAAUAAAAAAAAAAGAAAGAAAAUAGAACAAAAAAUUCUCACCCAGCAAAAAAAAAAAAAAAAAAGGUAAGAAAGAGAAUUUGCAUUUCUAAACACUUUGGCAUUUGUGUUCUAUUCAUAGAGGAUUAGUGAUAUGUUUUUGUAUAGUAGUCUAAUGCAGACAUGGUUUAGGUUCGAUGUUAUAGGUGUUUUAUGUUCUCUGUUCCAAUUCUCUAUCCUUCCAGAGAGGACUCACGAAAUGUGUGUGAGUGCAUAUGUGAGAAAGAAGGAUAGAGCUAUCUAGAAAGGGCAUGAGGGUGUGUGUGUGUGUGUGUGUGUGUGUGUGUGUGUGUGUGUGUGUUUGAGUUGUACUUCUAUAAGAAAUAGGAAAAGCUAGGCAGUGCUGUUUCAUUUUUGUAAAUACAAACUAUUAUAGAGUUAUAUCCCAGUGUAGGUGUUUUAUUUCCAUGUCCAUGCAAGUCUAAUAUUUUAAAGAAAAUACAGAAAAGUGUAUUCUCUAUUGUGUUGGAUGAUAACAUAUUUUAAAAGAGAUAUCUGAAAUUAUUGUUUUACCUUGUCAAAUGCUUCUCUAUUACAUGGCUAAUGGUUUCUCUGGACCAUUUUAUAGAGUCGUCUGCACAAAUGCAAUAAAUUGUCGUUUUAUUACACACA